GGCGCUUACGCAGCCAAACACGCUGGCUUGUGUAGCGGCCAGUGCGCGCGCGCGCGAUUCGACCAGUGGACGCGCCAUGCGAGACGCUCUGCCCCAGUGACGUCACAGUGACACCAUGACAGUGGCACGGAUCGUGUUCCUGUUGGCCCUGGCCGCCCCACCCUCCUCACGAGCCCAGGAGUCAUUCGCCAGCUCCCUGCUGUCCGGUCUGCUGGACACCCUGGACACGCAGGUGGAGGCGAAGAACUGCCCGGGCACCUGCAUGCACACGCUGGCGGCUCUGCUGUGCACAGAGGUGCUGGACGAGGUGGAGUGCCCGCAGCCCACCAUGAAGUGCUGUGCCGCUGAGACUAGCAAUGAGACAUUGGUAACGACCCAGCGUCCGCGACCGACGCGUCACACGACAGUAUCGUACGACGACUACGAGGACGCCACCACGGAGGCGCCGCAAGACAAAUACAAAAACAGUGGUAACAUCGCAUGUCCCGGCGUAUGCGUAGAAUCCCGUCUCUCUCAGUACUGCGAGGCGUAUCUCAACUCCCCGGACCUGUGCGUCAAGGGGCGGCUGUGCUGCGUCUCCAAGGAUAACUACGGAGACAGACCUCCCCCGGACCUAGUCGUGCCGAAUGAGAAGAAGUAUUCUACUAAACGGCCGACUACUGCGCUAACAACAACACCCCCUCCAAAGCCCCGGCCCGGCCGCAAGUGCCGCGGCGACUGCAUCUCAGGACUCUUCUCUCUGCUGUGCGAUAACGUGGAUGAUGACGCCGUGUGUCCCGGCGAGGGUGUCUGCUGCAUCACCGAGAAUAAGGCUGUAGAGACUACUACUAGGAGGCCUACUACUACUACUCCUCCGCCACUGCCGCGCUGCCCGGGCCACUGCAUGCACACGAUCAUGCGCGCGUUCUGCAACCCUCCCGCCGUCAUCCUGCACCGAACUGACUGCAACGCUGACGGAUGGGUGUGCUGUGAUAACACAAGAGUGCCCCCUCGCACAACGAGACGUCCCACCACCACGACGACGACGACAACCACGACCCCCGCCCCCGCGGACCCGCGCCCUGACUGUCCCGGGUCCUGCAUCGUCUCGCUGCUCUCCUUCACCUGCUUCCGGAACGCGGAGAUGACAGAUGUAUUCAAGUGCAAGAAAGCAGGCACCCAGUGCUGCGCUCCUAAGUCCAAGGUUCUAGAAGUGGUGGGGGGCCGGCCAGCCAAUGAGAGCGCGCCGCUGCCGCUGCCGCAGCCAACCACGAACUACCAACACUACACCACUGCGCUCGCGCAUACUCACACCACGCCAAUGGGUGAAUCUCAAAAUAACGUUCUAUUAAGUCAAAUUGAAUCGCCGUACGAGCCGAGCUACGGCACAACGCUGUCGUCGACUGAGAAAUACAAUAAAUACGUGUGCGGAGUCAAAGGCACGACAUCCCGUUCAGCCCGUCGCGCAGGCCGCGUCAUGGGCGGGGAGGACGGCGAGCGCGGCGAGUGGUGCUGGCAGGUGGCGCUCAUCAACUCGCUCAACCAGUACCUCUGCGGCGCCGCACUGAUUGGUACCCAGUGGGUGCUUACUGCCGCGCAUUGUGUUACCAACAUCGUCCGCUCAGGAGACGCGAUCUACGUGCGCGUAGGAGACCACGACCUAACGCGCAAGUACGGCUCUCCCGGCGCGCAGACGCUGCGAGUGGCCACCACGUACAUACACCACAACCAUAACAGCCAGACGCUGGACAAUGAUAUCGCGCUGCUGAAGCUGCAUGGAAAGGCUGAGCUUAAGGAAGGAGUAUGUCUGGUGUGUUUACCGGCGCGAGGAGUGAGCCACGCAGCCGGCAAGCGAUGCACUGUCACCGGCUAUGGAUAUAUGGGAGAAACGGGCCCAAUCCCCCUACGAGUGCGUGAAGCCGAGCUACCUAUCGUAAGCGAUGCGGAGUGCAUCCGCAAGGUGAACGCGGUCACCGAGAAGAUCUUCAUACUGCCCGCCAGCUCCUUCUGUGCGGGAGGAGAGCCAGGCAAUGAUGCUUGUCAGGGUGACGGCGGAGGACCACUAGUAUGUCAAGACGACGGCUUCUACGAGCUGGUGGGCCUGGUCUCAUGGGGCUUCGGCUGCGGCCGGCAGGACGUGCCAGGAGUCUACGUGAAGGUAUCUUCCUUCAUCGGCUGGAUCAACCAAAUCAUCUCCGUCAACAACCUAUAGUACCCACAGACAAUCUAGGUUUUUCUAAAGAGGUUGGUUCGCUUUUGUGUUGCCAACCUACAAUUUUUAGUAUUGAAAAAUUAAAUUGAAUUUUCGGGUUGUUUAUGAUGAUCCAAAAAGGUGGAUGUGACAAUCAGAAAUGUCUUGAUGAUGUGGUAAACAAAAAUCUGGGAUUGUUUUUGUAAGGACUGAAGAUUUAACAAUGCAUAAUAUUUUAAAUAUUCUUCUAUCUUUUCCAUAGUUUACGUUCAGUCUAACACAAAUUACGUGCAAGACUGCAGAAUUCA